CAAAAGUACGGCAACUUCCGGUUAAGCUUGUCCGUCAGUAAAACCGCUCCGUAAACAACAGCAGCAGGAGACGAGGUUAUGGCAACAAUGAUUGAGGAAAAUGGACCUUCAACUCGUGAGCAAUCUGAAGUGUCUUCCUCAUCCUCGUCAUCCUCCUCCCAGGCUAGGCAGAAACUAGAGGGACUCCUCAACAAGAACAUGAGGAUCCGGAUGACAGACGGAAGGACUCUGGUGGGCCUUUUCCUCUGUACAGAUCGGGACUGUAACGUCAUCCUGGGUUCUGCUCAGGAAUUUCUCAAAUCUACAGACACAUUCUCCCAGGGGGAACCCAGAGUCCUGGGUCUAGCCAUGAUUCCCGGUCACCAUGUUGUGUCCAUCGAGGUAGAGGCGGAUACUCUAGAGGACACACAGGGAUUCGGAGCCACACACUGACAGUUUGGCAAUCUCUUGGGACUCACUGGGUCCUGCCUAGUCAGGCGAGUUCUGGAGAAAUCGGGACAUGUUUGCAGGAUUUUAACCUGACUGCACUCUGGAUUUAGCCAUUCCCAUAAUGACUGAAAGAAAUUUGACAGGAACAGUGGAAAAGUGGAAAAGGCCUCUGGGGGAAAGUAUGUGUUUGCAUAAAUGUCUUGUUUUGUUGCAGUAUUUUAAAAUAAACGUUUACUUGAA